AUGGGUUGUUACCAGAAGCUUAAAGGGAUGGGAUUGGAUCUUGGUGAGGAUUACAUGGUGUGGUUUGUAAUGGAAACCAUUCCUUCUCAAUUUGAUUCGAUCAGAUCAAGCUACAAUGCUCAAAAGGAGCAGUGGACCAUUGAGGAGAUGACUGCUAUUCUUGCCAAAGAAGAAGAAGACAUGAAAAAGGGGAGAGCAAGAAGUAUCUCCAUGGUGACCAAUCCAAACAAUUCUCACAAGAGAAAGUUCACUCCCAACAACUCUAGUGACCAAAGGUUUCAUAAGAAGAGAGCCACCAAUCCUAAGGGAAAUGGACAAGCAAGCUCUUCUUCAACUGGUCAUAAGAAUGAGUUCUUCAAAGGAAAGUGUAACUUUUGUCAAUGCUUCGGGCAUAAGAAAGCUGAUUGCCGGAAGCUCAAAGCUCACUUAGAGAAGAAAGGCAGUGACAAGUCGAAGAAGGCCGAGUAGGUUGGAGGAGUAUGUAUACAUGGGAGACGAUACUAAAGUCAGAGUUGAAUUUUUU